AUGGAUAAGUCUUGGAUGCAUAUUGAAGAUAGAUUGCAUUCCAGUGAGUAUGCUGAAGGGGUUAGACAAUUCGUCGCUAUGGCCAUUUCCCACACCGCUAAUACUGAUCAGAUUAGGUGUCCAUGUAGAAGAUGUCGGAAUAGAGCUUUCCACUCCAUUCGUACAAUUGAAGAUCAUUUGUUCUUUAAAGGGAUUGAUCCAACUUAUACUCCAUGGAUAUUCCAUGGAGAAGAUGAUCCAUUCCGGAAUGCGACUUUUUCCAACGAUGAACAAGAUGAUACAUUGUCUCAUAGUGAUUAUAUUGAUGAUCUCGAUGAGCUUUUAGAUGAUAUCCAUCAUGGGUCGUUUAUGGAUGGUGAGAACAGAAAUGCCGGUGAAUCUUAUGGUGGCGAUCAACCCUCCACCUCUAAUCCUCCGGUCAACUCUAAUUUCGAGGACUUGGUAGCUGAUGCACGACGACCACUUUAUCCUUCAUGUACUAAGUUCUCAAAGCUAUCCUUCAUCGUUAAGCUACUUCACAUCAAGAGCAUAGGUGGGUGGACCGUGAAGUCCUUUGAUAUGGUCAUAAAGCUCUUGCAAGAGGCAUUUCCUGAUGCCUUAUUCCCUGACUCAUAUAAUGAUGCCCGUCGCUUAGAGCGGGGAUUGGGCUUUAGUUACGAAAAGAUUCAUGUCUGCCCAAAUGAUUGUGCCUUGUUUUGGAAGGAAAAUGCAUCGUACAAUGAAUGCCCUAAAUGUGGAGCAUCUAGGUGGGAGCAGAGCACAAUUCAGGGACGAAGGCUACCACAAAAAGUACUCCGACAUUUUCCGCUUAAGCCGCGCUUGCAGAGGCUAUAUAUGUCAAAGAAGACAGCCCAAGACAUGAGAUGGCAUGUAGAUGGACAUGUUGAUGAUCCGACGUGCAUGCGACACCCAUCAGAUUCGAAGGCUUGGAAGGACUUUGAUAAGAAACAUAUGUCAUUUUCCACAGAUGUUCGCAAUGUUAGACUUGGUUUGGCCAGUGAUGGGUUUAACCCAUUCAACAAUAUGAGUAGACCGUAUAGCAUUUGGCCAGUACUGCUUGUGCCGUACAACUUGCCUCCCUGGCUAUGCAUGAAAGAACCAUACACUAUGCUCUCGUUGUUAAUACCUGGCCCAAAGUCACCAGGUAAUGAUAUUGAUGUCUUUCUGCGUCCUCUACUCAAUGAGUUGAAGGAGUUAUGGGAAGAGGGUAUUCGUACCUAUGAUGCAUACAGCAAGCAACACUUUAUGUUGCAUGCAGCGCUACUCUGGACAAUCAAUGACUUCCCCGCAUAUGCCAAUCUUUCUGGGUGGAGUACAAAGGGCAAGAAGGCAUGCCCCCAUUGCAUGAUUGACACAAAUUCACAAUGGUUGGUAUAUGGCCGCAAGCAUUGCUAUUUGGGUCAUCGACGAUGGUUGGCCCCCGGUCACAGUUGGAGACGGAAAAAAAAUGCUUUUAAUGGACAUGAAGAGCACAAUCUCCAACCAUCAAGGGUCCCGGAAGAGCAAUUGCUACAACAAUUAACUCAAGUGUCACAUGUUCAGUUUGGUAAAUCUUCUACGAAAAGGAAACGAACUCUGGACAAUCAUCUUAAUUGGACGAAAAAAUCAAUAUUUUUUGAGCUUCCUUACUGGUUAUCCUUAGGUUUGAGACAUAAUCUGGACGUCAUGCAUAUAGAGAAAAACAUAUGCGAUAACGUUGUCGGAACAUUGUUGAAUAUUGAAGGUAAAAGUAAGGACUCUGCCAAUGCACGUAAAGAUUUGGCCAAUCUUGGAAUAAGGAAAGAAUUGCAUUUACAACAACAAGGCGAGAGAAUAACCAUGGGUCUUGGAUGCUACAUGUUAAAUUUAAAUGAGCGAAGGGCUUUUUGUGAGUGGUUGUCAAAAGUUAAAUUCCCUGAUGGGUUCGCAUCGAAUAUUGCCCAGUGUGUCAAUGUUCGUGAGGGAAAGAUCAGUGGAAUGAAAAGCCAUGAUUGUCACGUAUUUAUGCAAGCACUGUUGCCGGUCGUGAUUGGUGGGUUCUUACGGGCCGACGUGCGUCAAGCCUUACUAGAGUUGUCUUGGUUCUUCAAAGAAUUAUGUUCCCGAACUUUGAACUUACCAGUGUUGCAUCGUCUUCAAGCUAAUAUUCCCUUGAUUCUAUGCAAACUAGAAAUGAUAUUCCCUCCAGCUUUUUUUGAUAUUAUGGUGCACCUUUCUAUUCACUUGCCAGAGGAGGCUCUACUUGCAGGACCCGUGCAAUAUAGAUGGAUGUAUCCUUUUGAGAGGUACUUAGGAAAGUUCAAGCGGUACGUCCGGAACAGAGCCCGUCCUGAAGGCUCAAUUGCUGAGGCAUAUGUGCAUCUGGAGUGCCUUACCUUCUGCUCUAUGUACCUCCAUGAUAUAGAAACUAAGUUUAAUCGAGAGGAACGCAAUAGUGAUGUACUUACGGGUUCCGCUGAGGAGGGGAAUAGGCCAAGUUUAUCGGUUUUCUCACAGAAAGUUAGACCAUUGGGGACAGGGCACUCCCACAAAUUAGCCGACAUACUAAUGGUCAAGGCCCGAUGGGAGCACCUACAGAAGCUGAAAGAAGAGAACCCUGAUAACAUCGAUCGUAGGCACCAGAGUCAAUUUCCAUCGUGGUUCAGGGCACGGAUUCGAGAGCUACGUGCAGUUAGGCCAACAGAGGUAUCCGACGACAUAUAUGCAUUAGCAUGUGGUCCAGAUCCAUGUGUCGCAUCUUAUGCCGGGUGCAUAAUGAAUGGUGUUCGAUUCCAUACAAUGGAGCGUGAAAGGUGUCGCCGCACUCAAAACAGCGGGGUUGCCGUGCAUGGCGAGCAUCGGGGAUCCCCUGUUGACUUCUACGGGGUGUUGCAUGAUAUUAUAGAAAUACGCUACAUGGGUUGGCGUAAGGUUUAUCUAUUUCAAUGCAUUUGGUAUGAUGUCGGCGACCCGAGAAGGGGGAUACGUCUCAGGGACCACUUAACGUUGGUGAAUACUGCUAGGCAGUGGUAUAAAGAUGAGCCUUUUGCCCUUGCGUGCCAAGCAAGUCAAGUAUUUUAUUUGCCCGAUCCAAUUUUGGGUGGAAGUUGGCAGGUCGUCCAUAAGGUAACAAGUAGAAAUGUUUACAACCUUCGCGCAAUGACGCCUGUUGGGGAUGCGCUUGAUGAUGGUGAGUCAUCAUGGGAUGACUCGGACAAUGACGAUCGUAAUAAUCUGGACAACUAUCCCCCUACUCUUCAUGUCGAUGAAGCCAUGCCCGAUCCAUUGAACCGACUCGACGAAGAGCAUUUGCUAGUUGAGACAACAAAUAUCGCGCUUCCAGACCCGGCCCAACCAGUCGCCGAUGAUUUCGAUGAUGCUCCUGACCCAGGUGACGAUGAAAUGGGAAUGGAGGACAUAAGUGUCGAUGACAACUCGGACAACGAGUCCGGCCAUCCUCUGACUAGGGAGGAUGAUGAUUAG